CGGUACACGACACCACAGGCGUGGCGCAGAGGCGCAGGAGCCUGAGGCAGAGGAACAGCCUGACGAAGCGUUAAAACGAGGAACAGCAAAGCUUUUUCUGUCCAGGUUGCUGGAAGAGGGCCAGGGACAUUUUGCAGGAAGGCUCCGCUUGCUGUGCUCGGUCAAAGGAAGGAAUUGUGACGGUCCCAGAUCUUUCCUGUCAAAAGUCUGUCUCCUGCUCUCCUCAUGGACCCGUCAGGGGCCGCAGAAAAUGCUCCCGUAGGCGGCAAGGGAACGCCGCGGGGGGCUCGGGAGAGCAGCACUGGAAGCCCCCGCCGUGCUUUGCGGGAGGAAGAUGAGAACGCAGUAAACUCGGUGCUUCUGGGGCCUGCAGCGCGGGAGGCCGCCAGUGGGAGGACGCAGUAUGACGCUGACUUGGCGCUCGCACGAGCACUGCAGGAACAAGAGCGCGCAUACUACCUGCUCAGGGAACAGAGCAUGGCGGCGCGCAGCGCGUCCGACCUGGAAAAUGACGCUGAGGGGUAUGCCGGGGGGGAGGGAGAAGACGACAUCUACGAAGGGGGCGAGUACGUGCCUGGCGAAGAGGGGGGAGAGGGCAGCGCCGAGGGGGCCCCGUUCGAUGACGAGGCGUUUGCGAGGGCGCUGCAGGAAGCAGAGGAGCGGGAGGCGGAGGAACGAGUGAUGGCGCUGGCGGGGAUGAAUGUUGCCUCAGAUGACGCGUAUGGGAGCGAGGAUGAGGAGGACGACUGGGAGGAGGACGGCAUCGAUCCAGACAAUAUGACUUACGAGGAGCUGACGGCGCUGGCAGAAGUGGUGGGCAGCGAGAGCAAGGGCCUCCCCGCGGAGGCGAUUGCGCGGCUGCCAAAGAGCGCCUACAAGGCGACGCGCCGGCGGAGGAGCUCCUCCAGCGGCCAGGAACAGUGCGUCAUCUGCCGGGUGGAGUUCGAGGAUGAUGACGUCAUCACGACGCUGCCGUCGUGCAAGCACCACUACCACUCCCCCUGCAUCGAGCAAUGGCUCUCCAUCAACAAGAUCUGCCCUAUGUGCCUGACAGAAGUGACCCCAAUGAAGAGUAGAGCUGCGAGCAGGCGACCCUCUCACCUCGGCGCGGCAAAGUCUGAGCCGUCCAGUAGUGACUCCAAGUAAGGUCCUCCUUGGGAAGUCAGAGUAGGCCUUAUGUAGAUGAAGCUGAAACCCAGCUGUCAAAUUGGCGGCGGUCAUAUUGAGUAGUGGGUUAACUAGAUUAAGGGGGGCCUAGGAAUGCAAAGACCUGUACUUUCGGCCUCCAAAGAUGCAUCGUGGAACUACCUUUUGAGUAUGCACUCAUGGAAGCUUACGUUUCCUUCUCUUCUCGUCCGGUUCUCC